CACCUGACAUUGACAUUUCAUAGGUCUGUCUAGUGUCUGGUCUGUCUCUGCUUUUUCAACUCAGUGACAGUUUUAUUUCUCGCCUUUUCGCAUCCACGCUUUCGUCAUGAAUGACAGGGGCACCUUCUUGGGCCACCGGCUUCCCCCGUACAUGCGUCAUUUCGCAAAAACCGCUCCCAGCGUCUCGAAAAACACGUUCCGCCUACUUGUCCAGUUGGCAGUUAAUUUAAUUGAGAAGCGUCCCAUCGUCGAUGAUGCCCUGCAAAAGGUAGAAGGCCAGGUGGGCGCGGUAGAGAACCUGGAAGAGCUCUUUGCCGGUGUGUUCUUCAUCAUCAACACUUUCCUCCGAUUGCCGGCUGGCAAGGUCAAAAAGGAUCAAUUAGCUGAGGACCUGAAAGAGCUCAACCUAAACGAAGAGUCGGUAGCUGACCUGACUAGUGUUUUAUUCGGACCAAAGAGAGCUAAUUGGGAACUAAGUUUAGCUGCAGACACUCCAAGGUGGCCCAGUAUACAGACACUGAAUUGGAAUCUCGACAUGGCUAUUUCUCAAAGUGAAUCAAAAGUUUUUGAGCCAUGCAUAGCACUGGAACUCGAGCUAUCUGAUGGUAAAAAAUACAAAUUCCACGUCUCAUUGGCCCAGUUCCACACACUUCGACACAGAGUGGCUGCCCUACUCGCCGAGAUUAGCUCUCUUGAGAAAAGGGCAUUCUUCAAGCAGUGAAGUGAACAUUUUUUUAAAUCUUGCAACUGUCUCACUGUCUGAGCCAUGAAGAAUUUAAAGUGCUGCGUUCAAAAACAUUUCAAAAAUGUACAUAGGAGUAGAGACUUGUGAUGUUGGUUUGAAACUCGGCUGAAAAAGAAUUUGAAAGCAUUUUGUGGUUUGCCACAGGUAAUAUGGAAUUAAUUGAAGCACCGUCUUUGAUAUGAUUACUUAUCUUAAUUUUCCUUUAAUUAAUAAUAUUAUCUGUUAAAAAAUGGCGCUAUAUUUUCAGAAAUAAAUUGUAAAAUGAAGCAAUUAUUAAAUUUUACUCCUUAUUCUGCUGGUUUGCAGAAAACUUACAUAAUGGACCCUUUUACAGUAAUUUACGGCAGUUAUUAUUACAAGUCAUGCUGAGUUGUGCACAGGUCAUGAAUGAAAUAGUUAUUUAAAACUAGAAGAAGUUAAUUAUCUUUUUUCAACUUCUUAAAAUUAGUAUCUACUAAGCUGACAUUAGAAAAUAAAGGGAUUUAAAUUUGGUAAAAACUUAUAAUAUAUCUAAAAAAAAAUAUCUGAUUAAAAUAUAUAUACCCCUGGGUGCUAUCAAAAACAGUACAUCCUACAGAUUAAUAAUGAUUGAUUUAAAACCUAAUGAAAAACUUCAUGAAAUUUGAGGUUAGUGCUUCUCUGCAGUCUGCACUACCAAUAAGGGCGCAGGCCAACAAGACAAAGUCUUGGUUUGGUUUAAAAAUGAUAUUUAAAUUUAAAUGGUGAAAGGAAUUUACCACUCAGUAUUUUGACGAAAAAUAAAUAUAUGGUACAAAUUU